AUGACGAGACUCGACAACCUUAGUACCGAAGUCUUGCAUACCCUUGUGUACAACCUGGGCGUGCUGUCUGCGCGCGACGCAGUGGCGGUGGCGACGACAUGCAAGCGGCUGAAUGUCGCGUUGCUCGGCGACAGCCACUCGCGGGCGCGCGCUCACUCGCUGAUGGGAUUCAACCGGUGCGUGGCGCUGCGGCUGUGGAAGGGGGCACUGUUCGCGUUGACGCAGGUGACCGAGAAUGCUCGUGCAACAUGGCUCGCCCAGCCGUGUGGUUCCAGCCACCGGGUGGUAGCCGCGCUCGAGGCCCAGGACUACGGCGACGACGACUGGAAGGCACUGGCUCUGGCGAUGGGACGCACAGGCGUGACAGCUGCAUUCCGCGAGGGUGAUAUGGUCAUGGGAAGCCAGUGGCAAUGGCCCUGUAGGCAACUGGGCGUAGGCGCGAUCGUGGCUUGCGGCGGAAGAGCGCUUGGUGAGCUGGCAAUGGAGCUGGCCGAGGUGGCGGACGACAAGGAGAAGACGUGCAUGAUGCAAGUCGCCGCCGGCAUGGGCCUCGUCGACGUUGUCGAGCGGCUGGUGCGUGAGCCUGCGGUCGAUAGCUCUGCCGAUGACAACCUCGCCAUCCGGCGGGCUGCCGAGGCUGGACAUGCUGAGUGUGUGGCGAUACUUCUAGGCGUCGACGGUGUGGACCCAUCCGCGUGCGACAAUGAGGCCGUGAAUGCGGCGUGCUGCGGUGGGCAUACGGCUGCUGUCGCAGAGCUGCUUGCGGACGAGCGCGUCGAUCCUGCAGCGGGUGGCAACGAGCCGCUGCAGCUCGCGGCACAGUGUGGCAACGGCGAGACUGUGGCAUUGCUGCUGAGCGAUCCACGCGUCAACCCGUCUGCUGGCGGCGGGGAUCCCAUCAUGCUUGCCAGCGAAAGCGGUCAUGACGCUGUUGUGGCACUGAUUCAGUCCGGUGGCCAUUUAGAGGCGGCCGUCUCGAGUAACGCAGCUAUUUGCCUGGCGGCAAGAAGGGGCAAUGCUGCAACAGUUGCUGUCCUGCUCAAGGAUGUGCGUGUCGACCCCGCAGCCAACGAUAACUUGGCCAUUCGAUGGGCAGCAGAGAAGGGCCACGCCGACGUCGUCGCACUCCUAGCCGCUGAUGAUCGCGUGGACCCGAGCGUC